GCAAGUUUGGUGGGAAGAGACGUUCAUUUUUAGCUGAACAGACUCUUACAUGUAAAGAUACGGAGCAAAGAUAAUGGCCUGCGCCAGAUCUAACUGGAGAUUGAUUUUGAUUUUAUCUUUGAUAUCUUUCGUCAGCAACUCCACUUCGUCAAAAGCAAAGGGGCCAAACUCAUCCCAGACUGUUACUUCAAAGGACAAAUGUCACAACGUGUAUACUUCUAACAAUUUUUACGCUGGACCGAACAAGAAGAUCGAAACAUUACUUCACGAAGUCAAGAACGAGCUCAGUGAGAUACGAGAGGAGAUAAGAUCCCUAAAGGGAAAAAAUAUUAGUGGGAAAGUCUUUAAGAGCUGUGCUGAACUCUACAAAGCUGGAAAACGAAUCAGUGGUGUUUACACUAUCGAUCCUGACGACGCCGGUGCCUUUGAUGUCUUUUGCGACCAAAAGACAGCCGGUGGAGUGUGGACAGUGUUCCAAAAGAGACUGGAUGGCUCGUUUGAUUUCUACCUUGGUUGGGACGACUACAUACGAGGCUUUGGAAAUUUAAACGGUGAGUUUUGGCUCGGACUGGACAAGAUUCACCGGCUGACAAAAGAACGAUGCAGAAUUCAUGUGGACCUCGAAGAUAUCAAUGGAAAGACAGCGUAUGCCGGGUACGACUUUUUCGGUGUUGCCAGCGAGAGAAGCAAAUACAGACUGAGUAUUGGAACAUAUUCUGUUUCUCCUUCAAGGGAAAAAUGUCAAAACGUAUACAACUCCAACAAUUUCUAUGCAGGGCCAAACAAGGAAUUCGAAACAUUUCUUCAUGAAGUUAAGAAGGAGCUCAGGGGGAUACGAGAGGAUAUCAGCAAUCUGAAAGGAAAUAGAACAAAUGUUGAAGUCUACAAGAACUGUGCUGAACUCUACAAAGCUGGAAAACGAAUCAGUGGUGUUUACACUAUCGAUCUUGACGACGCCGGUGCCUUUGAUGUCUUUUGCGACCAAAAGACAGCCGGUGGAGGGUGGACAGUGUUCCAAAAGAGACUGGAUGGCUCGGUUGAUUUCUACCGCGGUUGGGCUGACUACAAACGAGGCUUUGGAAAUUUAAACGGUGAGUUUUGGCUCGGACUGGACAAGAUUCAUCGGCUGACAAAAGAACGAUGCAGAAUUCACGUGGACCUUGAAGAUAUCAAUGGAAAGACAGCAUAUGCCGAGUACGACUUUUUUGGUGUUGCCAGCGAGAGAAGCAAAUACAGACUGAGUCUUGGAACAUAUUCUGGAACUGCUGGUGAUUCCCUCUCUUAUCACAGAGGCUACGCUUUUUCCACCAAAGAUCGAGACAACGAUCGGAGCAGUAGCCUAUCUUGUGCCAUACGUUGCAAAGGAGCCUGGUGGUAUAACGCCUGUGUUAGCUCCAAUCUCAAUGGUCUUUACCUUCACGGCCCACACUCUACUUCAUGGGAAGGCGUGGACUGGCACAGAUGGAAAGGUAGUAGCUACUCCGCCAAACGAGCUGAGAUGAAAAUCAAACCAGUUAUAUAAAACUCCGUUAUUCGCCUAUUUCAUGGUAACAUCGGUUUUUUUCGCUGGUUUCUAAAACUUGAUAAAGGUUGGUGCAACGCAGAUUGGUGUAGCAGUGGGUGUAGGUGUGUUUUAUUCUGCACUGUACGAGUGUUUGAAAGCAAUAAAGUUUUUCUUUCAUCUUUGA